UAAGAAUGUGCUAAAUGCAGUGAUAACUGGAACUGAGAGUGCAUUUGUCCCGAGAAGAAACAUUACUGAUAACAUUAUACUGGCGUUUGAGUGCUUUUUUGCCAUGAAAAACAGAAAAGAAGGGAAGAAAGGGUAUGUUGCUGCAAAGUUGGAUAUAGCCAAAGCCUACGACCGAUUUGAAUGGUCGUUCCUAGAAGCUAUUAUGUUAAAACUCGGGUUUGAUGGAAGAUGGGUGAAUCUAAUUAUGCAGUGUGUUACCGCAGUUAACUAUUAUGCACUAAUAAAUGGCCACCAGUCUCCAGUAAUCAAGCCAACAUGAGGAUUGAGACAGAGAGACCCAAUAUCCCCGUAUCUCUUCCUACUGUGUGCAGAAGGCUUGUCUGCUAUAACAAAGAAGGCGGUGGAGCAAAGAAAACUACAUGGCAUUCAUGUGAGCAAAGAUGGUCCAGAACUAACCCAUUUGUUUUUUGAAGAUGACAGUAUUUUAUUUUUUGAGAAUACUCCAAAGGAGGCAGCAGUACUAAGAAGAUACUUAAGCAGUAUGAAAUGGAAUCUGACCAGCAAGUUAGCCUUGAAAAAUCAGAACUCUCCUUCAGUAGCAACACUAAAGAGGAUCAGACUAAUCAAGUGGUGGCAGUCCUAGGAAUGAAACAAGUUGCUAAUCACGAUAAAUACCUUGGACUGCCAACAAUCAUAUGAAGAUCAAAACAAGCAGUGUUUAGCCAACUGAUUGACAGAGUGAGAGAGAAGGUCAAAAUGUGGAAAAGUAAACUACUUUCUACUACUGGAAAGGAAGUGUUGAUUACAUCUGUGGCUCAGGCACAAGCAAACUAUGUGAUGUCUGUUUUCCUAAUCCCACAAGGAGUGCUUCAUGAGAUACCAAAUCUUAUUGCUGGUUUUUGGUGGGACAAAAAACAAGAAGAAAUAAGGAUACUGAUGACUCGAUAUUUGCACAUGUUUUCCCCUUUGUUUCUUGACUGUUUGAGCUUUAAUUAUGGCGUCUUUGGCCUAUUUUACGCUAGGAUGUGUUACUUUGUCACAUUUCAGGUCCUAGAACAUAAAGUGAAGCAUAGGCGCAAGUUUCAAGUCAAUCAGAGAUCAAUUGGCGAUUAGGGAGAAGAAACUCGGGCAUGACCUGAAGAAGAAUGGAUUUCUACCUUACUUUAUGGACAAAGAAUCAUGCAAUAUUGUCAUGAAAAGAAAGAGGACGAGACUACAAGCGUCUGGGAUCAAACGGCGACUGAUUCGGAGUCCGGACGAGGGAGAAACGAAGCAUUGAAUAUAGGGGAACAUGUUCGACAGUAAAAACACGGGCUGACCUAAAGAAAAACACGGCCGUGUCCAUAUUUAGGCACGACCGUGGUUUGGCCGACGAGGGCUGCUGGGGGCAAAACACGGGCGGGUAAAAUUAAAACACGGCCGUGUCCUCGACCUUGUUUUGCCCAGAAUUGGGUUUUUGAGGCAGAUUGAAGCCAAAGGAAAGGGAGAGCUGGGUUUUGGAUCCCAAACACCCAAGGGACGAACCAAAGAGAGAGAGGGCGAUUUGAGGGCAUUCUUGGAGUGGAACUGGAGGAUUUCUUCGCCUUAGAAGCUUGAGGAAUAAGCCCGGACUUGAAGACCGAUCAUCUGAAGAUUCUUACUGCAGUCUCUCUCCUCUCUAUGGAGUAACUUCCCUUCACUUAGGUUUUGAGGAACCCUAGCUAUGUUUGUUUGAUUGGAUGAUUGUAUGAGUACUCUUACUUGAUAAUCUUGAGUUCAUAUUCAAUCUAUACAUGUUUUCAUGAUUCAAUUCUGCUUUAGUCGAGAUUAUUGAUUUUGCUUUGAUCCUAUGAGAGCGAUACCUGAUUAGGUCAAUAGAGCACCAUAGAUUGAUAGUAGUGGAUCGAUUGCUUUAGUCGAGGGUUGAUUCACUGCUUUGUAUCGAUUGAGAACCUCAUUCGAUAGAGGGAAUCUAGUUCAGAACGUCUUGAUCGGUUGUUCUAGAGAAGGAUACAUCCCUCUAGGCAAUUGACUCAAGAGGGCCUUGUUCCUUUAGUCGAGACUCAAGGUCUAGUCAAGGAUUCUCCGCAUUGUGAAUGAAAGUGAAACAAGUUAGAAAUCAUCAAUCAUUAAUCUGGCUAGUGGCUAGGGGAAUCAUACCUAAGUGAGUUCCCAACCUGUAAUUAGAUUAACUUUAACUGUAGUUUGCUAGAGUAGUUUUAGUUCUUCCUUAUUAAUCUGGUUUGCUAAAUAAUGAACUGAAGCUGAGUAAUAGUAACUCUAGAGACCCGUGGAUUCGAUAUUUAUUACUUGAGCCACUAUACUGCAGUCCCUUCCAUUGGUGACACUUGGCCAUUGUUAGGAGUUGUGUCAUAGCGAGUCAAGUUUUGGCGCCGUUGCCGGGGACUUUCUAGAUUAUUAGGAAAGGCAGAAGUUUGUUACUUUAGCGUUUUUCUUUUCUUUUCUUUUCUUUUCCACCCUUACUUUUCACUUGGGUGUUUUUGUUUUUGUUGGUGCAGAUCUGAAUCAUGGAUCCUCAUGGCUUCUCCAACCAGUGGGGGUAUCCACCACCAUCCGAGUGGUAUUACCCCGAGACCCCCUGGAGCAAUCAAGGAGGAGAAGACAAUGGAUUCGGAUUCCAUUACCAACCCCCUUACUACGGAGAACAAUCAGACCCCUGGGCAUAUCAAGAACAACCUCCUUAUCAAGAAGAAUUUCUCCCACAACCAGAAGGGCCAUCAGAGCUGUAGUUACCCAUGGCGGCCUUCACGGACCAUUCUACAGAGCCAUGCUACACUCCACAGUCAGAUCCAAACUAUCAAUUGAGGCUUCUCGUGGAGCAGUUUGCUUGGGACUCCGAGAGACGCAAUCAUAAGAUGGACCUCCUUUUCUCAUCUUUUGCUCCUCCUAACUCUUCAUCCCUCCGUGAAUCGGAGGAGACUGUUUCACACUCAUCAAAGAGACCAGAGCGGGUUGAGCAAGUUUGUGCACAACUUGCUCAAGAUCACCCGUCUGCUUCCAUACUAGAAGAGGAUGAGGAAGAAGAAGGCUACAAGGACAUUGUGGAGCACACUGAAGUUGUCACGGAGAGCUCCCGUGAUGAUCAUGAUCAGGAAUGUCCUGUCGUAGCCGAACACACCUUCCCACAUCCCAAACUGGGCUUUGAGGAGGCGGGCAUGAGUGAGGAGAUGCAAGAAGAUCUCAGGAUAGAAAUUGCUUGGCAACUUGCUCUCCAAUCCGUGCUAGAAGAAGAAGAGCAAGAAAGGGUGCAGAAAGAAGUUGUGGAGGAUGCCGAAAGUGAAGCAGAAGGAGUUCUUGAUCAUUUCCUAGGGGUGAUGCCACAUGAAGAAGAAAGGGAGGUUGAAGAAGCAAUUGGCAUCGAGGCUGAGGACGGAGUUAAGGUGGAAGAGGCCUGCAUCGGCCAUGAGUUGCAAGUAAUAUCCCCACCAAACUUCGAGGAACUGCUUAGCAAGGACCCAUUUGCAGUAUCUCUUUGCCAGACCAAGGCCACAUCAACAUCGGUUCCUCUUGGUGGACGCGAUGGUGGUCAAUCGAUGAUGUCAUAUCUAGUUUGGUGAAAUGAGACGAGAGAAGAGAAGAAGAGGUCUCGAGGGUGGAGACGUUAUCUGCAUCAAGUGCACGAGCAUCCAUCACCUGUCAUACCACAUGAUCGUGACUUGAGACUCCACCUCAUUGACGAGAACCUCAACUUCAAGGAGGUUUUGGGGUGGACCGAAACUUAGGAGCCAUCGUCCGGCUCACGACGUGAAAGAAGCGCUUGUUGGGAGGCAACCCAACCAGUCGGUUUGCAUUUCUUUCUCUAUUUCUCCUCGGUUGAGUCAGUUUUGUUAUUUGAUUUUAGAGGCAAUAACUCAACCUUUGUGAGAUUUUGUGGUGUUUGUGUUCCGACUACUCUCUCCCCCUGGAAUGCACCGCCUGCCCCGUCAACCAUCAUUCACCCUUGAUCUGGUAACUUUGUUCUACCCUCCUUAUCUUUCCUCCAUUGAGGACAAUGUCGUGCUUAAGAGUGGGGGGGAUGUUUGAUUAUGUAUGCGGGUGAAUGUUUGGCUGUUUGUGUGCUUGGAGCCUAGUCCACUGUCCAAAUUUUUAAAUUUGAGGACUCCAAGUACGUGUUUCCUUACAAAUUGCCUGCUCAGUAUGCUUUGAAUUGACAGUCUCUAUAGAAAUGUGCAACCUAGGGAGGUAGUGUAGCAAUAUGGAGGAUGUUUAAGUAUAAGAUUUUUCCUAUCUAGCUCUCUACUGUGCCAGUUGAUUUUGUGAAUUAGUGGAGCUAAGACCAUUGAAUUCAUGUGGUAAUGGUGACUCUGUUUGGAUUGUGUUAUGGACUCGUGUAUCGAACAGGGUGCUAAUAUGAAAAAUGAAAAGCAGUUGGUUCUCCAUGUCGAAAUCAUUAAAUCUUAAACAUGGGGUAAGCCCAACGUGUGUGGCACCGUUCAUUGCACAAAAUCGGGUUUUGGAGGAGAUUUUAGUGAUCCUUAGUGGGGUACUCCUACAAGGUGAAGCUAAGCUGUCUCUAGUACAAGUAAAACUUCCACCCGUUGAACGGUUUGCCUACUUGAGGAUGUGUUUUUAAGGGCAUGGAUAGAGCUUCCGACCCCCCUUAAUUUCAUUGACCCUCCACACGAGUUGAGGAAAAUGAGUUAAAAGAAGUACUCUGGCGAGCGCCAGAUGUAUAGAAAUUUCUCUUGCUCGACUAUAAGGGUCGACCGUGCAAAAGACUGCAGUUGGAACCCCCGCUAAGUGAAUGAGAAAGAAAAAAAAAGAAGUAAAAUGGAAGUGAAAAAGGGGUUCCAACGGUGAAAUGAAGUGAAAGAGCACCCCAGUACAACGAGUCCUUGGUUGUGAAUGGUGUGAGUCCCUUUAUCCAUGAACUGACCGUCUUACUUCUACUUCUUCUCAUGAUCAUGGCUUGAGUCUAGUACUCGCAUUGAGAGAGAUAAGGGACGUCUUAGAAGACCAGUUGUCCUCGUAAGCUGCUUUAUGAUCUAGAAAGUCCUCUACCGACGAUUGGGGUUGUUUGUUGCUAUAGAGGUCUGGAGAGUUGCAUUGGUUUGAGUCAGGUUUGCUUGGGGACAAGCAAACAGUUAAGUGUGGGGGGAUUUGAUGACUCGAUAUUUGCACAUGUUUUCCCCUUUGUUUCUUGACUGUUUGAGCUUUAAUUAUCGCGUCUUUGGCCUAUUUUACGCUAGGUUGUGUUACUUUGUCACAUUUCAGGUCCUAGCACAUAAAGUGAAGCAUAGGCGCAAGUUUCAAGUCAAUCAGAGAUCAAUUGGCGAUUAGGGAGAAGAAACUCGGGCAUGACCUGAAGAAGAAUGAAUUUCUACCUCACUU